ACCGUGUCCCUUUGUUCAUCUAUAAAUAUUUCAUAAAGCAACUCUAAGAAAUUAAGUUUAACAUUUUACAAAUCACCGCUAUAUUCUUAUCCUUCUUUGGCCCAUCAUUAAUCAGAAAAAAAAAAAAAAAAACUUGCAAUUUCAAAUGGCAUAUUCAUUGGUUUCUCCAAACACCUUCGCUCUAAACCUGAAAUUACACUGCAAGAUUUGUGAGAAGACACUGAAAAACAUGCUGCUAAAAAUCCAAGGUGUCCAUUCAGUGAAGAUUGAUGAAAAGCUUGGAAAUGUAGUCAUUUCAGGCACAGUUGAUCCUGCAACAAUUCUAACCAUGUUAGAAAAACUUGGGAGAAAAGCAGAACUCUUAUGGGAACAAGGAACUCCGAUAAAAAACGAGAAAAAUGUUCAGAUAAUCACACAAUCUAAAGUGAUCGAUCCACUGCAUGAUCCAGAAACUAUGAAAUACGUAGAGCAAUUGUCCGGGAUUCCAGGCUUGCAAACAAUAGAAGUGACCACAACAAUCAAGUUGACUUUCCAAGGAGAAUCAAGAAAUGAACCUGCUGAUACAGUCUUGGAAAUCAGCACUACCAACAAUUUGAACAAACCUCAUCAUCAAUUUGAACAAUUUGAGCAUUCACAUGGUGAUGGAUUUUGUGCGGCUUCUUCGUCGUGUUGUGGUGGUCAUGCUGCUAUCAAUCAAAGUCAUAAUCUUCAUGGAUGUUGUCAUGGCGGUAAUACUAGUAAUUUUGGUUCUUGUUGUGCAAACAGCAGAAAUUGUUGUUGCGAGCAUCGCCCGCCCCCAAUGGAAAAUUGGGGUAGGGCACGACUCUCCAAUUCUCAACCUCCACCUCUACUGACAGCACAAUCGUGGUCAAGUGGUAGUAGUAUUGCAUCUGCCCCUCCUUUGCCAUCUGAUUAUUUUCAGGGACCACCAUCUCCACCAUCAUCAUCCUCGCAAAUGCUUAACACCUAUUACAGUGCCUUAAGCGACGAGAAUGCAAAUGGCUGCAUAAUCCAAUGAUUGCUGU